AAAGUAAAAUAAAACUGACCAUUGGGCUUCGACUUGAGAUUGGAGGUUUUAGGGUUCAUAAUCUCUCUCCUCAAGGGUUUUAGGGUUGGUUGAGUUCAUCUUUCUCUCUCCUCCAAAUCGCACUUUCUCUCUCCUCAAUCGUCAUCAACAAUGGACAAAUACGCUAGAGUCGAGAAACCUAAGCCUGAAAUUCCGAUUAACGAGAACGAAAUUCGCAUCACUACUCAAGGUCUCAUUCGCAAUUACAUCAGCUAUGCCACUACUCUUCUUCAGGAGAAGUAUGCCAAAGAAAUUGUUUUGAAAGCUAUGGGGCAGGCUAUUAGCAAAACUGUUGCUAUUUCAGAGAUUAUAAAGAAGAGAAUUCCCCACUUGCAUCAAGACAUUGUUAUCAGUUCAGUUAGCAUUACAGAUUUCUGGGAACCCAUUGAAGAGGGUCUAAUACCAGUGGAAACAGAGCGUCAAGUAUCAAUGAUCUCUAUUACCCUGUCAACUAACGAGCUAAAUAAAAACUCUCCAGGGUAUCAAGCUCCAUCCCAGUUUGAGCAGCCCAAACAACAAAACUAUUAUCAGCAACAGCAACUUCAACCUAGACAAGAACGUGGUGAAUCAUAUGGCCGAGGUCGUGGACGUGGUAGAGGGAGAGGGAGAGGCCGAGGACAGAACUGGGGAAGGGGUGGCUAUGGAUCAUACCAGGAUAAUGGAGGGUACUCAAACUGGGGCAGAGGAGGUGGACGAGGUAGAGGCUGGGGAAGAUAUUAUGAUGGUGGUUAUCAAGUAAGUCAUGACAGUGGAUAUCAAGCAGGCCAAGAUGGUGGGUAUCAAGGAGGUCGGGACGGUGGGUAUCAUGGAGGGCCAGGAGGCCGAGAUGGGGGGUUUCAAGGAGGCCGAAACAGUAGGUAUUAUGGAGAUCGAGAUAGUGGUUAUCGAGGUGGCCGAGGCGGGGGGUAUCAAGGUGGUAGAGGUGGUGGGUAUCAAGGUGGUCGGGGUGGUGGGUAUCAAGGAGAUCAAGGUGGUGGCUAUCAAGGUGAUCGAAGUGGUGGGUAUCAAGGUGGUAGAGGCGGAGGGUAUCAAGGUGGUCGAGGUGGUGGCUAUCAAAGUGACCGAGGUGGUAGGUUUCAAGGUGGUCGAGGUGGUGGCCAAGGCUAUGGUCGUGGGGGCCGUGGUCGUGGUCGUAUGGGAGGCCGUUCUCAAAGUGGUGCAGAUGGUGAUCAAGCUUAAAAGUGUGUCUUCCUACUUUUCCCAUUAUUGUGAAUUACUUGCCUUGGCUUGAAUGUGCUUUACUAUGUUCAGAAUGGAAUGAAGAAAAAAAAAACUUGCCUUUGAUGCAGUGAUAGUAUUGGUUUUAGUGUUGUCUUGGGUACUGGCAUAAGGUUUUGUCGAUCUUUUUGCAACGCUAUGAUGUAUGAAUUAUAGAAGGCUUGGUUUUCUGUUUGCUGGUAUUUAAUCUUUUAGCCAAAGGCAAGUAUCCGAAAUAGUUCUCGUCUCUGUAAUUCAUUCAGACCUCAAUCUGUAGUGUUAUAGAAAAUGCAAUUUUUUUGUCCAGGUUA